GCGAUAAAAAAGUAAAUGUUACUGUUAUUGAAAUUGUAUGUUUAGUUGUCGUAAACAUUAAGCAUACACCGCCUGGAAUUUUCGCAAUAUCAGAAAACAGAACGUUUUGUUAAGUAUCUGGACGCUGUAGGAGAAUCUCUGGUAUGAGAGAUGAAGUAAGAUACUGACUUCGAAUGACUAGUUUAUGCGUAAACAUUUUUAUCAAUUUUCAAUGGAAGGAUAUAUCAAACAAAACAGUGAAGUUGAUAAAUCGUUAAUACCGAUCUUGAAAGCAGCAUUCAUAUAAAUUUUCAAAGCAAUUUUGCAAAUGAACAAUUGAAUAUUGGAAAUAUGUGUAAAUAGAUUAAGUGAAAUAUUGAUAUAUGAAGUAGUGAUACGAGAUUGCCUUUACAGAAUAUAUUGUACCAUAAUUCAUUAUUCAAGGCAUGUGUUUUCAUUCAAAUUGAUAAAUUAGUGGCGAGGUAUUGCCAAUCUGUGCUAAAUAUCAACAUAUCAAUAUUUAAUUAAUCAAAGGAGAAAUUUAAAAAUGCAUUUUAUAGCUUAAAACAAAAGAACAUGAAGCAAAAUGACUGUUAAUUGGUCAGGCACUGCAGUAAAUAUAAUGAAAUGCUGUAACAGUUUUAAUGCUUGUUAAAAUCUGCUGUUAGUAGGAAUUACUCAGCAUGUUCAGGUAAACAUUAUAAUUGCAUACGUAAAAGCGAAUUCUUUGUAAUUACAUUGCAUGUUUUUCUUUGAGACUAUCGAUGAAGAUGGUGCAUUUGAUGAACAUCUAAAGACCAAAUAAUAAUAAUAAAUCUCUUUUCGUGGGAUGAUGUCUAAGAGCUCGGAUAUUAAUGCGUUUGUUGGCGCUUAAAUGUUGAUACAAAGAGUUUGUAAACACUGACGGUAGGCGGUACUUAAAGAAUGCAAGCAGGCAAGAUAUAAAAGAUAAAAGAAUGACUGAAAAACAUCCAUCGUUACUUUACUGGAGAGGAAUAUUGUUUAUAAAUAAAUAAUUAUAUCGGAAUUACUGUACCAACUCAUAACCACCUUGAGCACCAUAUAACUUCAUUAGAGAACUUUCGGAGAUGAAAAUUCUAAACGAUUUUCAAAGAUAAACAUGUGUUUCGAAGAUUAUACUAGAUGUAUAUGUAAUUAAAUAAUAGUUUGAAGUACGUAUAUAAGUCAUCUUAAUAGUGUUUCCAAUUAUGAUCAACGCACACAAUUUUGAAUAUUUUUAAUGUUCUAAUGACACAAAAAUGCUUCCUACAAAAGUAGCAUUUUAAAUUUGAUUACACUGCCGAUAUCUAUUGAGACGAUACUCGUGUACAUAUAGGAUACGUAAAGGAUACACUUGUAUUUCCGGAAGGUUUGAAGGAGGAGAUGAAGUCGCUUUAUGAAGGCUGUGAAAUUUACGCAAUAGAUACAACGUUGUUUUGGUUGGAAGGAAUUUAGUCAUGGAUUCUGGAAACACUGAAAUUGACGAGGUUGAAUUAACUCUUGGCAAGUCUUUUCAAAACGAAAGCAAAAUGCAAAACAAUGUUUCUCUUGAGAAGUACAACAAAGAAAUUUUUAUCACGAUGCUGCCAUCAAUUGUGUACACAAACAUAAUGAUUUUACUUGGACUCCCUGGCAAUAUCAUUGUCUUCUACAUAUAUUUAGUCAAAUGGCGGAGGAGUACUUCAAGGAUAUUUAUUUUGUUUCUUGCAGCUCUGGAUACAUUGAACUGCUCCACAAAUUUGCCAAUGGAAAUCUAUAUCAUGUGGAAUUCUUUGAAGCUUGAUAAACCUGUCUUAUGUAAGCUUUCUCGAUAUUCAACAUACGUGAUGAAUUGCUCUUCGGCUGUUAUUCUAGUUGGCAUCGCGGCUGACAGAUUCAAACGUAUAUGCAGACCUUAUCAGCGAGCCUUCAGUGAAACACAAUCAAUGUAUAUUUCAGUUGCUGCUAUUUUGUGGUCUUUGGCUACCACGUGGCCAUCUUUGAUUUUUUACGGAACGCGAACAGUUUAUCUUGGGAAUGCAACUGGAUCAGCAUGCCUUCUACAGAAUAGUUAUGACACCUCACCAUAUCCUAUAGUAUAUUUUACGUUUAUGGUAUCAACUACUAUGAUAACAUUUGUGAUAUUAACUAUUUUGUAUUACCUCGUAGGUCUACAAAUAUAUAAACAUAGAAAGUUCAAGCUACAGAAUUGCACACAUGUACAAAAAAUAGUAGAUGACAAAUCAACUACGAAAUCAGAAAAGCCAAACGGGGAGAAGCUGGAAUCUUCAAACAGUGAUGCAAACAAUGCCAAUGAAAAAUCCUGUGGAAACCAUGAUAAAGUUAUUGUAGUUGUCAAAGAUGAAUCUAUAAUAUCAAAUGAAGACAAUGAGGAUGAAUUGAAACCAUAUCAGUUAGGAUUGCCAUCGCCUUGUAAGGACGUUGGAACUAGUUGUGGUCUUUUGGAUAUACCGUAUAAACAAGAAAAUGGGCAACAUGGUUCAGAUUUAAAUGUGUCCGAUGUUUCAAGAGACACAGUUGAACAUUUUAUAAACGAUUUAAAGGUUAAUGAGGUAUCGGCGCCAAAGAAGCAAUCCCUUGAACGUAAAACUCAAAUGCUCAAAGAAAAGAGUAAAAGUAGGCGAGUUAGAUACUUACUUGUGCGAGGUUCAUCAACACUAAAUUCAUCAGGAAAAGCCUCAUGUGUCAACUGUUUAACUGUUAGAAUCGGGAGAUCGACUUUAAUGUUGUUUCUCAUCACGAUUGCUUAUGUAAUAAGUUUCUUACCUUUCUAUAUCCUUGUUAUUAUCAGACAAUCAGACAGUAAUUUUGUUCCUAAGAUGUCGAAAUCCGGACUGGCAUUUUAUCACUUAUUUUUAAGGUCAUACUUAUUGUCGAGUGCUGUGAAUCCAUUUAUAUACUCAUUUUGUAAUUCUCAGUUUAGGGAAUAUUGUAAAGAAAAAAUUGCCAGUAUUUUUCUCGAAAGGCAACAGUCUUUUAUAAAACAGUCAAGCUAUAUUACUAGGCGUAAACAUUGAAAAGUCUAAAAUGUAUAAACUGUUAUCAUAGGGACCACCAAAUAUUCGUUUUGUUAAUAUUUUUGGUUGUGUAACUUUUAUUUUUUUUUAUUACAAAAACGUCUUGACAAACGGGCUGGAAUCAUAUGUUCACACUUAUAAUGUGUUCUUAUCUUACUCAAAGCGUUUGUGACCGAGUGGUUAAUAUGGUUUCGACUUAAUACCCAUCAUCGCUGUGGGUUUGGAAUGGUGCGUGGAGUGUAGAAUUCUUUCAUGUGAGAAAAACAUCCAUCUGUCCUGCGGAAGGUCGGCGGUUCUACCCAUGUGCCCGCUCGUGCCUGAAAUUAUUCUCGUACAUAGGGACACUUUGGGUUUUCCUCUACCAUGAAAAGCUGAAAAGUCGCCAUGUAGUCAUCCACCGGUGUCAGUGUGAUGUAAAACACAACAAAACAUUGUCGUAGGUAAUAGCGUUCCAAGUGAUAACUGACGUGAACUGUUCGCUCACUUUAUUAAACCAAACAUCAUUUUCGUUUUAUCAGUUUGAUGAAAGGAACUAAAAUGUCAAUAUACUCAACGAAAUAGACUUUCAUAUAAAUAUUCUGAAUGCGAUUAUUUCGUUGAGUGUUUGUCGGUAAUCUUCAUAAAAGCAAACAGAAUAAAUAGAAACAUUGAGAAAAAUGCAUUCAGCUUAUUAUGCUAAUUAUUGUCAAAUACCUUUAAUGUUCCCUGAAGAGACCCAAUAAAUUCAUUGAAGUUAAUUUGCUCAAAGCUUCCUGGUUAAAUGUUAAUGAACUUUUAAUAAGUAUAUGUGUUAUUCAUUUAUAGCGCACCAGUGGUGAAAGAUGUAAAUGAAGACAUCUGAAUUAUCUUUGAUAUCAUGUAACUUUGAUAGGUAAACACACAAACGUUGGCAACGAAACGCAAAAGAUUCAGUCUAUAAUAAAAAUUAGGAAUCUGCGGUAGAAAAUUGGUACCUGGCUAUAGGCGCCUGUACAUGGAAUAACGUUAUCUUAAUUGGUUUCUCAGUGAAAAAUAAACAUAGUUACUAAUUUGUAGUGUAGGUUUUGUGUUAAUUGGUCAAGCUUGUAGUAAUAUUGGUCGAUUUAGUUUGCAACGGCACUACAAUAUCUGAUAAUUAAACUUACAAACUUUUGAACUUUGCUUGCCUUGUUUUACAACAACCAGGUGUUACUUAUCAAAAUACGAUAUGAAUAAAAGGUGAUAAUUAAGCUAUAUAUUUUUUUAGAAUAUUUCUGAUGAAAGGAACACAGAAAAUAAAACCUAAUUUUGAUCCUGCCUCAAAAAUGUUGCACCGUUGAUAAUUCUGUGACCUACUGUUUGAUAUUAUUAGAUAAAAACUGAAAUAUUAAAGAUGAAACAAUUUCGAAACACCUAUCGCUGGUGAACAUAAUUUAACUAUUCUUUUGAGCUCCACAAUAUGUUAUUGUAGAAUAAUUCUUCUUUAGGAAAUUCAUUAUCUUUUAUAUCGUGCUGCGGAAAACAUUAUUAAAAAUUGAAAAUUGUAAUAUUCGUUGUUUUGUUUUUUAAUUCCGUCAUACAACCCUAGAAUUUAAUUUAAAAUACAAGAAGACAGAUUCCCAUAUUCAUUGUUCAAAUUACUCGCCCGUUGUAUGUUUUCCAUGACGAUUUAAUAAAAGAUAUUGUGUCUGAAAUCAUUCGUCCUCCACCUUUGAUUCAUGUGGGAAAUUUGACAGUUACUUGCGGAGAACAGAUUUGUGCUGGGACACUGAUGAGUUUAACUGACCGCCGUUCCAAAACUGAAAUAUUUUAAAAACGACGUUAAUCCCAAAACAAACAAAUCAAUGUUCAAAUAAGUCACGAUCAGCCUCCAUAAGAAACACUAAUAAUUUGCAGCAAUGAUUUGUCUACCGGGUUUUGAGGUAUUGAUUAAAAUACAGAUCUGCACAUAUUUAAGGUGUUGUACAUCUGUAUUUAAUAACUUCUCCUGCACUAAUUAAGAAUGAAAUGCAUGACAUUUUAUGUUGGAGUAAGUUAUACUUUUCUUAUAUGUUUUGUAUAAUAAGGUCUUU